GCGAAGUACAAACUAUGAAAGGCCCAUUUGAAGUUUUGAAACACAGGUUAAAUUAAGGCCCAACUGAAAAUUACCUCUAUGCUCCGGGGGUCCAGCCUCCAAAUUAAAUUAAAUGAAAACAAAAAUGCUAAAAAACCAUCUCACUUCCCAAACACAAGUCGGCUUUACACAAUUGCACCAUUACUCUCUCUCAUCUUCACUCUGCUAACCAUUUAGGGUUUGAAGCUCUCUUCGAUUCUUCUCAAAAAAUCAAAAAAGUUUAUUGCUUGACUUGGCCGAACGAUUAAAGUCAUUCAACUAGUCGAGUUAUCUGGCAAGGCAAAAAACAAGGUAGGGCAGUAGGCAGUGCAUCGCUAGUUUGCUACAUCUGUAUUGCCGUAUUGGAUCUACCAAUUCAUUUGUCUGAGUCUUCCAAAUAAAUUUCCAAACAUCAGGUUGUUUCCCUCUUUUUUUAACUCUAAUUGAGGUUAUUUUGAUUUAUUGAAUCUUGAUAUUAUGGCUCCUGGAAUGAAAAAGUAUGAAUCUGGUCAUAAAAAGGUGGUGAAGAAAAGAAAAGCUGAAGCAUUAAUAAAAUCUCAAGCAAGAGCUCUUGAUAAAUUUAUCAAAAGAGACCGUCAGAUUUCUGUUAAAAAUCAAAGUUUUAAUGUGCUUGACUGUGAUGAAUGAUGAUGUGAUAUUUGUGAAUGAUAAUGAAAAUGCAGGAUCUGCAAAUUGUAAUGAUGUGCUAGUAGAUUGUGAUAAUGAUAAUCAUCUAGAGAAUGAAAAUAUGAACUCCCUAGAAAAUGAAAUUCAUGAUAUAGGUAUUGAUAUUAAUGAAAAUGAAGGACCAGAUAAUUCUCCAGAAAUACCUCAUAUGGUAGAUAUAUUUGCUCCAAGAAACUGGGAUGGUCUUAGCUCUGAAGUGGUUGAUUUAUUAGUUAUAGAGGGUCCAAAAAGAGAUUGUUCUAUUGUUAAGGGCCCUAAAGAUAAAUUUUCUAGACUAUUUAAUGCAAAUUUGUAUACUAGGGUUUUAUCAAACGAGGAGAAGUGCGAUAGAGAUUGGCUUGUUUAUUCGAAAGGACUUAAUAAAGUGUUCUGUUUUUGUUGUAAA